UUUAGUUAUAAUUUUUGAAAUCCAAGUCAAAUAAUUAGAAAUGUCUGCUCCAAACGAGAUAGAGGCGAAGCCUUCAGAGGACGCUAUCACAAAGCCAGAUAACAAUGCACAAAUAGCCGAGAACACAGGUGGUUCCCACGACUACUACGAGAUGUACUACGACCAGACUCAUAAAGCACCAUAUUACUACCACCCGAAGACAGGGGCUUCAGUCUGGUCGCUGCCCAAAGGAGCCAUCUGUGCUGAUAUGACUGAAGGCAACUUGGAAAAGAUCAACAAAUCCUUCCUCCAAGAAGAAGAGGAGGAAGAGAAGGAGCCUACAGAGCACCAGAAGAAAAAGAUUGAAAUCGAAGAACUUAAGAAGAAAUAACCUCGAGAUUAUGUACCCUGAGCUAGCUAAUGCUACGGAUCAGGUGAACCAAGCUAGUGACGAUGAGGACGAAGCGGAAGCAGCCAUCGGAGACUUUGAACAGAUCAAGAGGGUUGUACAUGAAGAUAUCAUGAAAAGGCCAGCUAGAAAACAAAUCAAGGAUAUGCGUAACGAGACUGCCUAUAUUGAAGGGAACUAUGACUACAAUAUUUGGUAUGAUAAGUUCCUUACGGACCAGAGAAUUGAGGAGGAGAGAGUCACCAGUAUGCACAAACUUGACCCAAUCGAAGAUCCUGGGUACACCAAGGCUGACAAGUUUGAUAAGGCAGGCUACUUCUGUACCUAUUUCGCACGUGGCUGCUGCUCUGAAGGAGUUAACUGUAGAUUCUAUCACAGAGUACCACAGCCUUCAGAUCUAAGAGAUGAUGAAAUUGUAAAAGACUGAUUCGGAAGAACAAAGCAUUCAAAAUUCAAGGAAGACUUCACUGGUAUUGGAACCUUCUCUGAGGAUUGUAAAACUCUUAAGAUCACAGACAUUGCGAUUCCUGAUCGCUCAAAGCCAGUCCGAGAACUCUUAAGGAUAUUUUACGAGGCAUUCGCUCCUUGGGGAGAUCUAGUUGAUAUUCACUUAAAUGUCUCCAAAUGAGUUGGCUUCGUAAAGUACUCUCACAGGUUCUACGCUGAGUUCGCUCGUGAGGCAAUGUAUGACCAAGCCAUUUUUGGUGGUACUGAUCCCAUUACCUUGCGUUGGGCUCCUUCCAGCCCAUUCGAGAAGAAGGAACAAGAAAUGGAAGCCCACUUUAUCGGAGAGAUGAAUGACCUCAAGGAGCGCCAGAAGAUGAUGAGUGAGCAUGCUAAGAGAGCAGUCAAGGAUCUUAAUAAAAAGACAGGUUAUAAGCGGAAAAGGGAGGAAUCUAAAUUCGACCAAAACCUGGUUGAUUCCAAGAGAGCCAAACAGGCUGACGAAGAGGACCCUAAUGCACCAGUGGAUAAUAAGGAAAUAGCAGAUAAUCUCUCGAAAUUAUCUAGCAUUUUCCAGAGAAUGGAGAAGGCUAAUCAGUAA